CGGGAGCAGCGUCAGGCGCAGCGCAGCGCAGCGCUCCCGCCCGCGCGGUCCCUCCGCCCGGCCAUGGCUCCGGCCCUGCCGCUCCGCGCCCUCGCCCUGCUGCUCCCAGCCGCCCUGGCCCUGCACCAUGUGCCGAUGCUGCUUUGGUCGACUCAGAGAUCACAGUGGAAUCCAGACAUUGUGGUGCACGAAGGACAAGUUGUCUCAGCACAGGAGCUGACAGCACUCUUGCAACCUCUCUUUACCCAGAACUCCAGAAACCUCGUCCUGUUCCUGCAAGAUAGGCUUAGCAUAGAUGAUUUCACAUACUUCAGUGAAUCCUAUGGCAACAGGAAUCCAUUUCAAAAUGUUCAGGAAAUUCUUCAGUCUUCUCCGUCAUCUUUAGUUUUGCCAGCUGUUGACUGCAAGGCUACCAGGUAUCUCCUGAAUGUUCUUCAAGAAUCAGGAGAUUGGAAGUUAACAAAUGUAACUAAUCUCAAUGUCUCUCAGCUGGAAGUGAAUGCAUCUAGCCCAAACUUACUGGUGGUUCAGCUACAGCCACUUGCCAGUGAUAUAAAAGACAUUUCCACCUUGGAAGCAAUUGCUGAAAAUGACAAAAUAAUUGGAAGAGUGACCAUGGAUCUGCAGGAACGAGGGAUUCAUUUUUCAGUCAUUUAUACUGCAGUAAGACCUUCAAGGAAUUCUAGAAGAACUGAUGUGGUGGCAGAAUUGAGACGACAAUUAAUGGCUGCUGAAGAAGAAGAAAGUUCAUCAUAUCCUCCUCUGAAUGUAACCACUGGAAAUUACACAUGCAUCCUUUUCUAUGCUAGUAAUUUUAGCCUCAAAGCCAACAGUUCAGUUUUAAUAGAUUUGACAAAUGCAACAUUUUUAACACAGAAUGUGGAUAUUUCUGCCUCUGAGUGCUCAGACAGCAACACAACAUUGUCAUUAAAAUACACAAAUCCAGUGAAUGGAAUCAGCAGCCUGGAGAUAAGGUUUUUAAUGACCAACAAGUUCUAUGAAGUCUCGGCUAGAAGAUGGUCCACUUUACAUUUAGUUGAGAUUGUACAAGAUGGAGAAAAGUUAGCUAAAUUUAAUGUUUCUGGCAUCUCUGCCCCUGCAGAGUAUUCAUUUCAUUGUCAGCUGGUGGGAACAAGCAAUCUCUAUCCUGCAAGGCUGGUUCCAUCCAACACUGAGGCAAAAAAUUGGGAUGUUUUCAUUUCCAAGUUGCAAAUUCAAGGCUUCAACAUUAUAAACAACCAGUUUUCCUAUGCAAGUGACUGUACAGGUUUCUUCACUCCUGGAAUUUGGAUGGGCUUGGUGACAUCUAUAAUUUUACUGUGGAUCCUGACCUAUGGAAUACAUAUGAUCAUGCAGCUCACAACAAACAGCAGAUUUGAUGAUCCCAAAGGUCCAGCUCUAUCAGUUCCUCAGACAGAAUAGCCAUGGGUUGACUUAACGCCACUGUGGCUUUUCCGGGUCUGAUGUUUAUGAUUUUUAUAACCUUUUUACUUCAUAAUAUGUUUAACUUAAAAAAGAUAUCAUAGGAAAAGCAGAUGAUUAAACUACAUAUAAAAAUUAUCCUUGUGUUUGGAAACAGUAAUAAUUCUAUCUAUUAUUAUGAUCAUUUGUUAACAGCUUUUUGUGUUAAGGUUCUAAAGUGAGACUCUGGAGGUUAUUACUCUCUGUGGCUAUUAGAAAGACCAUUAAAAACUUCCUUCAGAUUAACUUCUAUUGGCAAAGAAAACAUACAAAAACACGAAUAAUUGGGAAUGAUAAAAAAUUUGAUUAUAAACUAUAUAUUGAAAAUACUGUUAAAGCCUCUUUAGUGUCAUGAUGAUGUUACAUCUUAAGAAAUUUUAAGUGUGUUUUGAAAUUUUUUAUCUUGAGUAAAACAUCCAGAAAUGUACAGAACUAAUAAAGUAUAAAUCACUAAAUAAAUGGUACUGAGAAGUCUUUUCAAAAUACAUCACUUUGUUCAGAUGUGGUAUCACAAAGGAGAGUGGGUAGAUUAAGGUUUAGCUUCCAUCUACUGUUAUCUAACACUUGUGAGAAUUUUGUCGAACAACGCUGACUUGUGUUUGCUUUAGCAAUGGGCAGCUGAUGGGAGGUCAGUCAGUGACAGAUAGGUCCUUGUCCAAACUGAUCACAAAAUUAUAUUUGGUAUCACAGCAAUGAGUCCAAAUUUUCAGGUUGAGAACUUAUUAUGACUGAAUGUGCUGGUGCAGACAGCAUCUUAACAGAGAUAAGGUAGUUUUCUUAGUCUCUUCCAUUUUCCAGGCAACUUUGGAAAAGUUAUGAAGUUCACAAAAAAGGAAAAAUAAUAAGAUAAAAAAUCAUUAGAAGCACUGUGUCAAUGUGCUGUUUAAAUCUGAGCAUUUUAUGGUCAUCUCAGUGCUUCUAGAAGCCUGAAAACAUUCAUUGUGUUCUGUAUUCUUCUGCAAUUAAUACAAACACUGCAUCUUCUAACUGGGUAAUCUGAUUAUGGAAUGAAUUACUAAAUUUUAUGUAGAACUGGGAAAUAGUAAAAUGCAAUGAUAAAAUGGUAAAAAAAGGUAAAAAUAUAUGACUUUCAUUAUUUCUUUUCGAACAUUUUUAUGACUGUGCAUAUUCAAUUAGUAGUUUAAAACCCACAGAAUAUAAUUUUGACAAAAUUACAUUCAUAAAAUGAGAAAAAUUCUAACUUUUCUGAUCUUGAUCCAUGUAAUGGUACAAUGAUACAGAGGAAAGGCAGUUAGAAUCAACUAUUUAUCUAGACAGACAAGAGUUUCUAUCCAUCAUUUCUGGGUGUCACACUUUUAUUAUGCAGUCCAAAAAGUAGAUUAAAUGCUGCUGUCUGAAGCUAUUCCUUCUGAAUCAUUCAAUCCUGACCUGGAAAACAAAAGGAGAGUGUCGCAUAACUAGCAGAGGUGUCUCCUGUGCUGUAAUAUUUUUCUCAAAUGCUUUUCUGAACCUCAAAAAGUGCACUUGAUCUAAAUGGAACCUCUGUGUUAAAAAGGCUUAUUUUCUCUGCACAAAUUAGUUGCCAGGAGACAACUGGACUUGUUCUAUUAAUUCUCCCUUCAAAGCAAGUUGUGUGAAUAUGACAACAGAAAAUUGACAUAAUAGUCAUGUAACUAUAGCUAGAAGAGGGAAAUGCUAUGCAAAGAACUUGAUUCAUAGAAAAAAAAACUUUCUUAGGACUUUUAUCAAGCUUCAGCAAAAUUUGGAAAAUAUUUUGUUCAACAGCGGCAAUAAAAAGAGCUGAAGAAGAUCUUUAUCGGGCCUCUUAGCUUAGGAUUCUGUCUCCAGCAGUGGUAUGAGUAUGGAGAGCAUCUGUUAGUGCUCCCUGCAGAUGUUCUCCAUUCUCCACCAUUUAGCUCAGGUACUUCCACUACCAGAAGUGUUGCCUUUUUAUUUAAUAACUCUGGGUAUAGCUAUAGCCCAUAAAUUUGUCCAGCCUACUCUUGAGCCUGUUGGUUCUUAUACAGCUCACAGUGUCCUGAUUAUAAUAUGGCACUGGGAAUGCUUAUAUCCUCUCUUGCUUGCCUAGGAUGGACUCUGGAGAAGAGGGCAAGGAAACAUUCUCCUAUUUACUGUACCAUGAGGAAAAGCCUCUUUCAAAAGAGCUGUUUGAUGUGUUUGGCAUCACCUUCACCAAGGUGAAGGUGAAGGCAUUUUUAAUAGAGAAAAGCUUUUUCUUCCUACCUUCUCUCACAGCAAGGAUACCAUGCUUUGCCAAGCAGGGCCUUUGAAGGCAUAUAGUCUGUUUCUAUAGCGACUUGGGAUGUCUUUGUAAUGGAAAGAUCAAACCACAGGCUUAUCCUCGUGACGUCUGUGCUGGAAAACACAUCAGGAAAAGAAAGGAACUAUCUGCAGCUCUGGCUGUCCUGUGGGCCAGGUGGGCUGGGCUCUGGGGACAAUGGAAAGGAAGUGUCUGUCAUGGAAAGGAAGUGUUCUCUGUCCACAUGGGAUGGGCUCUCCUUGGCUGGCUGGCAAAAACCCACCAUGCUGCUCAGGCCUCAUCUCACAGGGACCACCCCUGCUGACAGCAUCUGGACACGGAUAUCCAAAACCCCAUCUCAGAGGACCAUGCAGGCUGCUGGAGUCCCCAUGCCCUCUGAAAGCCCGGCAGCUGCCCAUCACACUUCCUGGGGCUGGAGACAAGGACAACUGAUCACUGCGUUCAGCAGGGCUGGCUUCCUUCUUUGUAAAUAGGACUGUGCCUCAGGAAAUUCCAGGAGGAUUUUGCACCUGUCUGUGUUUGUUUCCAUUUCUGAAUAAAGUUGAAACCCUGUCAGGAG